CGCAGCUCGACUCCCUCUCUUCACUUCAGUCUCCUCCUCCUCUUUCACUCUCUCUGCAACUCCGUUGAUCUCAAACCCUAACCCUCAUCCGCCGAUUCAAUUUCCCCUCAAAUCAAAAAUGGCGAGGAGAUCCGGACUCUUGCUACGCCAAUUCCUCGGCAAUCUUUCCCCCAAUUCUCCCCAAACCCUAACCCUAAAUUCAAUCCCCUCCGCCGCCAAAUCCUUCUCCACCUUCCCUCUCGAUUUCCACUACGAAGACGUAUUGCGUCAGGACAUGCUUCUCAAGAUGAACUACGACAACGUCAUGCAGGUCCCCCGCCUCUCCGAGCUGAAGCUUCUCUCCAAGUCGCCGGAGAUCGGGAAGAUCGCGAUGGAGAUUUCCGGCGGGCAGAAGUUUCUGACGCAGAAGGAUAAGGAUUUGACGGCGAAGGGUUUCAGAGGCGCCAAUGUCGUCAGCGACCGUUCUCGGCAGACCACUCUCCGGGGGAUCGGAAUGUCUAAUUUUCUGGUGAGGAGCUUGACGGUGAUGUCGCUCUUGUCGUCUCCGGUUCAAAUUAAGAAGAAUUUUAUUCAGUUUUCGAUGGAGACGGAGUUCAUUGAGUCCUCGCCGGAGCUGGAGGACCAUUUCGAGAUAUUCGAACAUGUUAAAGAGUUUAAUGUGACUGUUGUCACUUCGGCGGCGACGAAAGAGGAGGCUUCACUGCUGUGGAGUGGCUUUUUGCAAAAGGAUGAGGUAGCUGAUUUAUAGAGAAGUAGGUCGAAUGAUCGGUGAGCAUUCAUAAGGAUUCUUGCCUUGAUACAGAGAAGUCAGUCUGUUUGUUAACUUGAAACUAUGAGGCAGUGGAGAUUUAGUUGAGAGGGCUAGUUAUAGUUGGCUUUGUAAGAUUCAGAUGGUCCAAGGCUUUUAGCACAGAUGGUAAUAUAUAUUGCUUUCUA